UUCUGUGGACGUUGUGUUCCACGUAGAACGAGCAGGUCGCGUUCGACGCACGUUUGAAACCUUCGCAUUGAUCCUUCAAAAGAGGCCAACACAACAGUCUCUCGAUUCAUCACAUCGCUGAGUAGAGAGAGAGAUGGAGGAUAAGGUGGUGGUGAACAAGAAGGUGGUGCUGAAGCACUACAUCCCGGACGGGCCGGCCACGGAGAGCGACAUGGAGCUGGUGGCGACGGACACCCUCCGGUUGCGGCUCCCUCCGGGGUCGACGGCCGUGCUCGUCAAGAACCUCUACCUCUCCUGCGACCCCUACAUGCGCUCUCGCAUGACCAAGCACGAUGAGCCCAGCUAUGUCAGUGACCUCGUCCCCGGCACGCCGAUAACAGGCUAUGGUGUGUGCAAAGUUUUGGACUCCGGGCAUCCUGAUUUUAAGAUCGGCGACUAUGUGUGGGGUAUCACCGGUUGGGAAGAGUAUAGCCUCAUUACAUCAACAGAGGGACUUUUCAAGAUCAACCACACCGAUGUGCCUCUUUCUUACUAUACUGGUAUUCUUGGCAUGCCAGGUUUCACAGCAUAUGUAGGAUUCUACGAGAUUGGCUCCCCUAAGAAGGGGGAACGCGUCUUCGUAUCAGCAGCAUCUGGUGCUGUUGGCCAGCUCGUGGGGCAAUUUGCAAAGCUAAUGGGCUGUUAUGUCGUCGGAAGUGCUGGCUCUGACGAAAAGGUCAAUCUCCUGAAAAGCAAGUUUGGCUUUGAUGAGGCUUUCAACUAUAAGAAAGAACCUGAUCUGAAUAAAGCUCUGAGAAGGUGCUUCCCAGAGGGCAUCGACAUCUACUUUGAGAACGUCGGCGGUGCGAUGCUUGAAGCUGUUCUCCGCAACAUGAGGCUCAAUGGCCGAAUUGCCGCAUGUGGAAUGAUUUCUCAGUACAACGUCGAAAGACCCGAAGGUGUGAACCACCUGUUCGCCAUCGUCACGAAGCGCAUCCGCAUGCAGGGGUUCAUUGUAUUCGAUCACUUCCGCAGCUACCGGGAAUUUGAGGAGAAGGUAGUGCAGUACAUAAAGGAAGGGAAGAUCGUGUACGUGGAAGACAUAGCUGAAGGACUUGAGAAUGCCCCUGCAGCACUUGUAGGCCUCUUUGCUGGUCGAAAUGUUGGCAAGCAGUUGGUCAUCGUCGCUCGCGAGUGACAGUCCAUAUGAACUUUUCUUCUUUUUCUUCUUAUGCCUGCAAUGUUAAGUUGAUUGUAUCCAACUUUUCUCUCUGAAGGGGAGUUGUGUAUUGAAACUUUGAUGAACAUUCUACGAUGAAUAGUAAGCUUCUGCACCUCAAAUGUUGUAA